CACACUAUCAUUACUCCGAGCCUCCUGCGCGACUCUCACGGCAGGCACUUGUCGUUCUGGCUCUUGCCGGUCUUCGCCGCACGCGGGCCCCCCUCCGACCGGCCGCCCUUGGCGCCGCUCUUCUUCUGCGGCCGCGCCUUGGCGUUCGCGAGGGCUGCCUGCGCCGCCGCGGAGGCGGGCUUGCCCUUGCGGCCGCCCUUCUUGGCCGCGGCACGCGCCUUGAGUAUCGCGGCCACAUCGACGGGCGCAGCCGACGGCUUGCCGUCCUCCGCGGCCGCGGCCGAUUGCAUGCCGUCCGCCGCCGGCGCGGCGUUCUCGUCCGUCACUUUGUCGGCAGCGGCGGCUGGCUUCUUGCCUCGGCGGCGGCGCUGCUUCUUGACUUUGUCGGCGGUGCCAUUCGGCUCUUCUGAGCCCUUCUGCGCAGCAUCAGGAGUGCCGGGCUGCUCCGGAACGACUGCUUUGGCUGUCUCCGGCGCGGCACAGGCGUCAACUGCGUCCAGAGCCAGGUCUUGCAUCGCGUUCUCUACACAGGCGGCCAUUUUUAGCACCGUUUCGAUUGCUAUGCCACGCAGGGCAGCUUACGACGCAAAUGCAAAAGCGCUGCGCAAAAACGUUUACCGUGUCUCAAACGAGCGCUGCAAAAAUCAAAUUUGGCAGAGAGCUUGCUAG